AUGCGCUCUGAAGCAUUGCGCUUCUACAAUGCUCACAGGAGCUUGAUUGCUGUGCGAUAUUCACCUACAAAUCCGCUGUCGUACGCCAACUUUGCGCCGACGAAUCAUAAACGCCAAGCUGGUUUCGACCAGCACCCCGCCCCCUACGUUUACCCACCCUACAAAACUCCCGACCCCGAAGGACGAUAUAACCGGAUCCUACAUCAAACAGCAUCCCUCGUGCUGCUGGCGAGCAACAAGCGUCGCAGUCUCUCCUCGACUGGAGGAAGUCUGCUGAAUAGAAUGUUUGGCGGCAGUUCCAACAACUCAGCGGGCAACAAAUCCGAGAGCGAUUCAAAAUCCGAUAAAUCUCCUUCUCCUGAGCCUGCGUCCGGCCCCAGUGCCCCAGCUCCCAUCAAGACAACUGACCAGGCUGCUAGUGGUGAAAAACGUAGCGGAAAUGGCAGCCCUCCCACUCGCCAGGACAUCGGCGGUCCGACCGACAAGAAACGCAGAAGUAGUAGCGUCAGUAGCCGGGCCAGUAGCCUUUUGGCAUCUGCAAAGAACUCGCUCAACUUCUCAUCUCAGAGCAGUCGCAGUGGGGGCUCCGAAGUGAGCUCGCAGACACCUCUCCAGAAGCUCGGCAAACAGGAUCCUGCUCUCGCCGUCCCUCAGGGCCAACAUAACAACUCUGCUGGAGACUCCGUGCCUGGACCCAAAUCUACGUUCCGUGUUGGUGUUUGGGAAGAUAGGAACAAGAAAUGCCGCCGGACUAUGGAAGACACGCAUGCUUUUCUGUACAACUUUGUGCAAACCCCAGCUUUAAACGAUGUGCCAGCAAAGGAUAAACCUGAAGGAGCUGACCAAGAGUUGGUUGUUUCUGAUAUGGUUGAGUCGGACAAUGGCUACUUUGCUAUCUUCGAUGGACAUGCUGGUACAUUCGCCGCCGACUGGUGUGGCAAAAAGCUACAUAUAAUUCUGGAGGAGAUCAUACGCAAGAACCCCAAUGCUUUGAUUCCCGAGGUUUUAGAUCAAGCCUUCACGGCCGCUGACGCGCAGUUGGAAAAACUUCCGCUUAAGAAUAGUGGCUGCACCGCUGCGGUUGCAGUCCUGCGUUGGGAAGAUCGAGCUUCGAACGAUCGAUCCGCCAUUAAAUCGGCCAAACCAGAAGAGCCUAUCGAGAUGGACAAAGCCCCUGAUGGGGCGCCGAGUGACGAGGCAACCAAAGUUACAAAUUCAAAGGGGAAGGGCAGCGGACGCCAGCGAGUACUUUACACUGCAAACGUUGGCGAUGCGCGCAUCGUCCUCUGUCGGGGCGGAAAGGCCCUGCGACUCUCUUAUGACCACAAGGGCAGCGACGAAGUCGAAGGCAAACGAAUUGCCGCUGCUGGAGGUCUGAUUCUCAACAACCGUGUCAAUGGCGUUUUGGCCGUGACCCGCGCCCUUGGCGACGCUUAUAUGAAGAAGCUUGUUACAGGCCAUCCGUAUACCACUGAGACAGUCAUUCAGGCUGACAGUGACGAAUUUAUCAUCAUUGCGUGUGACGGAAUCUGGGACGUAUGUAGCGACCAGGAAGCCGUUGACCUUGUACGCAACGUAGAGGACCCUGUCUCAGCCUCGAAGCAGCUUGUAGACUAUGCGUUGAACCGCUUCAGUACUGAUAAUCUGUCUUGCAUGGUCGUUCGGCUGGACCAGAACAAGGAGGCUGCGGUGGACGUGGAAGGCGCAGCAUCCCAAGUCAGUGAGGCGGACAAGAUUGUCAGCGAGACUAGACAGAAAAUCGCAGAGGGUACAGCAUCCGCCGUCGGUGUAUCUGCGACCAGCAACGCGCCCCAAUCUGAACCUCCUGUAGCAGUUCAGGAAGGCGACUUUGUGCCCACUUCUCUGGAUGACGUAGUAACUGAGGAACCCCCUCAUGUUGCAGACCCCAAGUCGAACGACGUGCCUAUAUUGAACAAAGCGGCCGUCGAGGAAGCUCGGAAGGACAAACCUGCUGAAGGGAAACAUGCUGAAGAGAAGCCUGUGGAAGAGAAGCCCGUUGAAAACAAGCCUCCUGGGCAGGAAUAA